CUCUCCACCUACCUAUAUUCAAUGUACUCUGUGCUCUCCACUUUAAUUGUGUUUUAGUGUCGAAUUGUGUGAAAGUAGCCUGUGUUACUCUUUACUUAGCCUGUGUUAAUUCUUAUAUUAUAUAAAUUAUUUAUUCCUGAAAAUGGCUAACACCUCGAGUGAGCGAAACCGAUGCAUAAAUUGUUCUUUCUUGAUACCGAGAAACAUGAAGAGGCAUCACUUGGAAGAAGCGUCGAAUUUAAUGCUCAGUUUAUUACGAUCAUGGAUAGCCCCUACUCAGGUUUCUUCAGAAAACAUCAUUUGUAAUGAAUGUUUUGAAUUACUUCAAAAUCGAGCAAACACUACAAGUGAAGGAAGCAUUUUACCUUUGUCUGCUUUUGGACAUAGAAGAGUCUGUCUUCCUUGUGGAAAUUCCAUUCUACGAUCAAGGACAUAUCCUGUUCGACAUGAUCGUGAAGAGAGAAAUGUUUUAAUACGUUUUGUUCCACAACAUCUGGUCUCAAGAAUGGAACGUGUGUGUGCUGCAUGUUGGAGGUCAGCAACAAGAGAAGUACAAAGGCAGCAACAGCGUGACUCAAAUCGCCCCACUCUGGCUGACACUGAAUUAAGUGGUGAUUCUGUUGUUCCUGUGCCACCUCCUCUGCCACCAACAACCCCACAAAUUGUUCAACCAGUGACGACAAAAAUAAUUUCAUCAAUGUAUAGACGUGCUGCUAACACUCCAGGUCACUGUAUAUUUGUUGGUUGUUUUGAACCUGAACGCCUACUUAUACCAUCUACUAUCAAAGACCUAGUAUUGUUUAAUCAUAAGUUUUACAUACCAUCUGGUGCACGCAUUUGUCGUCACCAUUUAAAUCAUGGUUCUUGGGACCAGUUAACUUCUCAAUUGAGAGAUUUUACUGGUAGACAAUUUGAUAAUAUUAUGACUAUGAUGCAGCGAGCUGCCAACCAUAGAUUUGAUUUUUCAAAUAUUGCAUUGAUGCCUCCUCACUUAUUCCAUUAUUGGCUUGGUAUGAAUCUUGAACAGUUUUAUGAAUUACUAAAUUGUAUACCCAAUCUAGCAGAACAAGUACCAGACGCUACCUUAGCAUUAUGCAUUUAUUUAGUUAAAUUAAGAACAGGUGACAGCAACAACAGAUUAGCCACUCUUUUCAAUAAACCUAGAGCUACAUUGGAACAUUUGAUGAAUAAAGCUAGAAAUUGCUUUAUUAAUGACUAGCUGCUCCGCGCGGUUUCACCCCCGUGGCUCCAUUCGUAGCGUGAUGAUAUAUAGCCUAUAACCUUCCUCGAUAAAUGGGCUAUCUAACACCGA